AUGGCGGAUUACAAGGCUGACGAGGUUGCCUCCUCCGCUGGGGGACAGCAGCAGGACCGCUCGUCCACUGCUCGAAAGACAGCAGCUGGAGACGGCAGAAUGGAGAACAGUCUCGAGAUGAACAAGGCUAACAAAGUCGAGACUACGGAGGCAUCUGAUGUGGCAGGCCGCAAAGACAAGGGAACCGGUACCGGUCGGAUUGAGAAACUUAUGCCUGGCAAGAAGUAG